AUGUCCACCGGUAUAGUCCCACGAGAGUUGACACCAGAAGAGCGCGAAAAGCUUAUUCAAGCGGCCAUCGAAGCCAAGGGCAAGGCUUAUAGCCCUUAUUCAAACUUCCGCGUUGGUGCCGCACUAUUUGCAACAGACGGGAACAUUAUUUUGGGUAGCAACAUUGAGAAUGCCUCUUACGGGGGGACUAUAUGUGCCGAACGUACGGCCCUGGUCAAGGCAGUUAGCGAAGGCACCAAAAGUUUCUUAGCUAUUGCGGUGACGAGUGACGUCGAUGAAAUCGUGUCUCCGUGUGGCAUUUGCCGUCAAUUUAUUCGCGAAUUCUGCUCGCUCAAGACACCUAUUUAUAUGGUCAAGUCGAGCUAUACUCCAGCCACUUCCGACACCGCAGUCAAGGCCGUUCUUCUAGAGGAUAUUCUUCCGUAUAGUUUUGGACCGGAGCAUCUGGAGAUGCCAAGAACUUAG